AUUUUCUCUUAAUAAAAAUAUUUAAUAACCUACUUCAUUGCCACUAUAGUAUAACAACAGAACACACCUCAACAACUUAAACUUGAAGAACCUACCAUGUCGCUUGGUUGUAAAGUGAUAGUCGUAGCUUUCGUUGUUUUCUUCUUUUGUGGCGGCAAAGAUUUUAAGGAACUAAAUGAGCUGUAUUUGGAGCAUCGAGAAAAUAGUUCCAGUGUGCCCUGUGGGGAGCCUCAACAGAGGGCAGUAUACCUUGAAGAAAUUUUAAACAAGGAGUUAUGGAAUAAGUAUAAAAAGUGGAUAUCGAAGAUGAAACCCUUGCACACUAUUCUUCAUAGAUGCGAAGGUAGUGGAGGAUGUAAUAAACAUUAUGGGUACAGAUGUAAAGAAAACGAGACGGACCCAGUAAACUUGGUAUAUUACUUGGGAUAUCGUGACGACUUGGUGAAAUUUACAGUCCUAAAUCAUACAUCAUGUAUCUGCGGCAAGUAUAAUGAUUCAUGAUGAUGAUAAUAUAGUAUGCAGCUAUCUUUUAGUCAACGUCAAGAUUUGUUUCCACUACUACUAUCGGCUUACAGCGUUCUCCGACGCCUUUUGACUCCUAACCGCCAUUCUUCUCUGAAGAUUUGUUUCCUUGUGAUUUAAAAAGAACUGGUGAGGAACCUGGUCGUUAUCAGUGCCUCGUGAUAAGUUAUUUUGGUGCUUUAUAAAGGGAGUUUAAUUUUUGUGAAAACGUGCGUUAUAUUUAUAUAGGAACGAUAUAUUAUGUACUAUAGGAUCCUUGAUUUCAGUGAUAUAGGAACUCAUGCCCAGUGCCUUCUACAAUGAAUAUUACAAUUUUUUUAUUUAA